AUGUGUCGUUCGUGUAGAUUGUUGAUUCGGGCUGCCUAUGUACAGGCCGUAUGCUUGGAUGAAGGUUUGUGACUCUGCAAUAUCGUUUAGCUUAUUCUUCCCAUGAGGGUGUUGUCACGGUGCCCGAUCUGCACCUCAAUGUGACCGCACCUUAUCUGUGUGGUCAUGCCGUCACAGUGCCCGAUCAGCACCGCGAUGUGACCUCAUCUGAUCAGUGCGGUCACACUAAAAGAAGGAAAGGUUACUUACCUUGCCUCCAACGACUCCCCCUCUGCACAGCUCUGAGGACAGCAGCUGGGUCCAGCAUUAAGAAGGAGCCAGAAACAAAAAACCCCUAUUGUAGCUGCCAAACCUAAACUUAUGUAAUUAGGGGUUAUGAGGUUUUCUGAAGCAGAACGACAGUUCAGGAGGAGGGAGGGUCUGUGUAUAUAUUGUAGCAAGAAGGGACAUGUGAGGGUUAAUUGCCCGAUACGUCGGGAAAACGCACGCAUCUAAAGUGUUAUGUAUAUGUCCGCCACUAUGCCUCUUUCGAGAUGUCUCAUUUCUGUUACCAUUCUGUUACAAAACCUUGAGGUCAAUUGCAAAGCCCUAUUAGAUUCAGGAGCAGUAGAAAGCUUCAUAGAUGUUCACUUUGUGUUCAAACAUAAUAUACCUCUAAGGGAGAGGGCAACACCCUUGGCCGUUGAGGUCAUAGAUGGUAGACCUCUUGGGAAACCACUCAUUACCCAUGAGACCUUACCUGUUUCAUUGCAAGUAGGGGCUUUGCAUAGGGAACAGAUCACUUUUCAGGUUAUCGCCUCACCCUAUUGUCCUGUUGUACUUGGUUUUCCAUGGCUAAUAAAACAUGAUCCACGUAUAGAUUGGAGAAAAGGGGAGAUACUAAAGUGGGGUGAUGAGUGUAGUAACAGAUGUUUAAAGCCUAUAACCAAACAAUUGGGUAUAAUCAAUGUCCCUGUUGCCUCUCCAUUGUCCACUACAGUACCCUCCCAAUAUGAGACGAUAAAUGAGGUGUUUAACAUGAUACAUGCAGAUACAGUUUUUCCACAUAGAUCCUAUGAUUGUUCUAUAGAUCUAUUUGCCAGUUACAAUACCCCCAAAAGGGUGAGUUUAUACACCGUCUUCCCUGGAAAGUAAAAUCAUGGAGGAAUAUAUACAGGAUGCGUUGACUAAAGGUGACAUAUGCAAAUCAUCUUCCCCAGCAGGAGCAGGGUUUUUAUUUGUAUCUAAAAAAAGAGGGGGAUCUGCGUCCUUGUAUUGAUUACAGGGCGCUCAAUAAAAACAGUAUAAGAAGCGCUUACCCUAUACCACGUAUUUCUAAACUGUUUGACAGGUUAAAUGGACACUAUAGUCACCAGUGCAACUACAUGUAUUCCUGGCACUAUAGUGUUAACACGACCAUCUAGCCCCCGUGGGCCCCUCAUGCCUCCAUAAAUAUAGUAAAAAUCUUACUGUAUUCAAGCCAGAAGCUGUAAAUCUGCUUGCUGUUAGACUCAGGAAAAACAAGCAGUCUGCUGACAUGUGAAAGCCUGAUCCAAUCACAAUGCUUCCCCAUAGGAUUGGCUGAGACUGACAAAGAGGCAGAUCAGGGGCAGAGCCAGCAUGAUUCAAACACAGUCCUGGCCAAUCAGCAUCUCCUCAUAGAGAUUAAUUGAAUCAAUGUAUCUCUAUGAGGAAAGUUCAGUGUCUGCAUGCAGAGGGAGGAGAUACUGAAUCACAGGAUGCUGUGCACAGUGCUGCCCUGUGCUCUGCUGACAGCAGAUCUGAGUGGAUGGAGGCAUAUUAUGCCUCCAUCAACUCCCUCUGGUUCACUCUGAGUGACUGCAGGUGUCCCUAGCUUUCAAUGUAAACACUGUAUUUUCUCAGCUAUAGUUCUCACCUGAACAACCUCAUUAAGCUGAAGUUGUUCAGGUGACUGUAGUGUCCCUUUAAGGGCUAGGCUAUUCACUAAACUGGAUUUAAGGAGUGCUUAUAAUCUAGUUAGAAUCAAGGAAGGGCAUGAAUGGAUAAUUUAAUACCAGUAAUGGGCAUUACGAAUACCUAGUCACGCCUUCUGGGUUAUGUAAUGCCCCCGCUGUUUUCCAGGAUUCUGGCACCAUAACAACUUCAUUUAGAUCAAGUUAUGUUGGUGCCUGGGGUAUUCCUUUAAUUGUAAAUUGUCACCCAAUCAAUUUAAAAUAUUAGAUCACAUUAUCCAAUCUGGAAAAAUUCAGCAGCAGCAGCAGCUCAGCCUCAGUGUGUGAGUCCCUUGUAAUGCCUGCCCGUUGAGCAGUGUGCCCAGCUGCAGACACUUUGAGUUGCCCCCAGUCCGUUGUGAGGGACAGAGCACAUUGCCGGCACUCACAGUGCUCGUGGCCUCUGCUGCCACAUAAACAGAUCAUCACUCAAACUCAGGGCUGCAGCUUCUGCAAAGGUUUAUACAUGUAGCAACGCCCCCAAGGGCAUCCAAACCACGCCCACACGGCCAGCCCCGCCCACACUGUAUCUCUCACUGCUUUGUUGAACACCGUCACUCUGCCCUCUCCCCCGUGACGUCUCUCUCUGUUCCCGGAAGUGACGUCACGGCCGGAUGGCAGCCCCUGAUACGGUGGGCCCGGAGUCUGGCAGCGGGUGACAGCAGGACAACAUGGGGGAGGCCAGAAUCGGAAAGCGGUGACCCGAGAGUGGGUAACACCCCCUGGGAGUGGGCGCGCUGGGUGUGUGCACCAUGUCUGCCGUGCUAACCCCUGUGUGUGUGUACCAUGUGACAGUCUAUGGGCGAUAUGUGUACAAUCUGUUAUAGUGUGAGUGUGUACUCUGUAUUGUAUGUGUGUACUCUGUAUUGUGUGUGUGUGUGUACUCUGUAUUGUGUGUGUGUGUGAGCACAUGUAUUGUGUGCAGGCAGUCUGUGGGUGUAGACAUGUCACAUAAUAUGGGUGUUGUGUGUUUUGUAGUGUGUGCACAUGUAUUGUGUGUGUCUGUGUGGGUGUAGACAUGUGAUGUGUUUGUCUGAAACCUGCCCCUGUCAAGGUAUGUGUACACCAGGAAACUACAAGCUGGACACAAGCCAUUGGCAUUGCUUUAUAUAAUGCAUAUAGGAUUUAUCAGUCUAGUUGUAAUAUAUUAAAGCAAUUUAAUGACACACUAUUAGGCUAGUACUUCCCAAGUUGCAGUAUCUAUCAGCUGAGCCUAUCCUGUAAACUGUGCUUUAUGUACACCGCAAGUAGUUUGUCAGUUUUGUGUCAUCAUAUGCCCUGUACAGUGAUAUUUUUUUUGAUUGGGGGGGGGGGGAGGUGAAACAAGGAAAUUAGUUAUAGAGGAAGGUAAUAAAAUGGGCUUAUAGAGCAAAACAAACUUUUUUAUUAAAAAAAAAAAAUAAAGAUUAAUGAAACAAAUAUAAAUAAAUCGACAUUAAACUUACCCAAUGUGAAGAUGAUUGGAGUGCACCUUUAAUCUGCACCUUGCACUUGAGAAAUCCGUUCUGUCAUACAACCAUUCAUUUUGGAAACAGAAGCAUGUGCAAUUUAUGACAUAUUUUUGUAUCCCUAAACAUAGCUUUGAAGUAUCACUUCACCUAAUACUUUGUUUUUCCUUUUUUUCAUUUAAUGGUGCAAUGUAGAUGAUGCAACAUGACACUAUAUAAUUUUUGUACAACAGGUGAACUAUAGGUUUGUUGUGUGGAAUCACUACUUUCAAUUGUACUAACAUAUAAUAAAAAAUACUUAAUAAUAAAGUUGUUCUAUAUUAUUUUUAUUUUUUUUGAGCAAAUGGAUGUGUUGCAUAUUUUGGUUUUCUUUCUUCUCCAUUUGCCUAUUCGCUACAGUAAGUGGUCAACACUUCUUGAUUGCACAAUUAAUGAAAAGUCAACUUCUCCUUCAAUUUAUCCAGAAACUCCGAUGUUUCCAAAUCUCACUUUGAUUUGUGUGAACAAAAGACAUUUAACAUUGAAUUAUUAGCCUUUCAAUAGUGAAGAAAAAGUUGUUCUGGUUAUUCACUAAACUGUGAAUUGCAAGUCCAAAGCCAGAAUAGCUAAAUAUGGAAGAUUAUCUAAUUACUCUAUUAUUCAAGUACUUUGCUUUUGGUUUUGUCCCUUAUUAACCAUCUAAUUCUUUAAGUCCCAGUCACACAUCUCUGUUCCUUUGAGUACGUUGACUUGCAUACAUAUUUAAUAACUUUCUACUUUUAGUUUGAUAGCCAAAGUCCUGCAGAGAGGAAUGCGUAAAGGGUUGCAAAGCAUGACCACGUCCAGUGUCAGGCGACCAAAAGUACGUUACCAACCAGGAGGUGCCUCUAUUGGCUAGCAAUCAGAAACUAAUAAAAAAAAAAAUAAUUGUGAGCCCUACAAUUAAGACAUUCGAAUAAGGUAAUUUUUUUUUAAUUCUUUUUUACCAUGGUACAGGCCAACAAGUGAGACUUAAAAAUUGACCUCUACUGCAAUAAAAAAUAAAAAACCUGGUUGGAUUUUUGCAUCAGUUUUGGUGCAAACAUGUUCUCUGUAUCUUUUUCCUUACACACCCUCAAUUAUUGUCCAUCUCCUUAAUGACAUACAUUACAGUCGGAAGCUGUAAUUUCUCCUUUGUGUAUCUGAAUGUACGUAAAUAUAAACAAAACCCUACCUUGCAUAUGUCACUCCUUCACUGCUGGAGGUUGCAUGUCUAACUGCUCCUUUCACAAACUGGAUAACUGUGCAUUUGCUAUCUGCUCAGGCACCACUUUUCUUCAUAUUGGACAAUUAAUAUAAUUGUGCCAAGUGUUACUUUAUUUAAAAUAAAUAUAUUCUCUUUAAAUUUAACAAAUUCACCUGGACUAAACAGUGCAUGCAAAUGGAGCAUUGGGCCUAGCUGUUUGGUCUUCACUCUCCAGUAUCUUAAGGUUGAGGUGAAACUACCUCUAUUAUGUCACUUCUCACUAUCAGUGGAUGUGGAAAAAUAAAUUUUCUCAAGCAUUGUAAGAGACGUUCUAUGGAGAAAAUUUUGCUGCAUCUUACACAGACCACUUGUUUGGAGUUUUGCACUUUAGGGGAUGCAAUGUCAGAUCAUGUCCUCCCAAGCAUUCCUUGAGUCAUGAUGCCGUGUAAAAUUACAAGUGAGUCCCUAAGCUUUUCCUGCCCUAGAAGCACAAAGGAAACAUGCUCCCUUGCAACAUAAUUAUUAGGGCCUGAUGAUAUCUCAGUGCCUGGUUGAAGUUGACUGGAGUUUGUGUGGAUCACUUAGAACACCUAUUUCAUUGGUGACUGAUGGUGAAAGACAGCAAAAGUAUGAUAAAUCUUUUUUUGUGGAAAUUUUCCCUUGAAAAAGGAUCCGAUCUAUAAAUUGCCACGUUAUAGUUAUCACAAGGUAUAGUUAAAAGUUUGUUCUCUAUGAUGUGCUACCAUGUCAAGCCAGAUAAUGCUUUUGAUGUGUUUGUUUGCCUUAUUUCCUUUGUUUUGCAUUGAAAUUUUAUUUGCAUGUUUUACUUCUUACCUAUAACAUUUUUUUUUCUUCUUUUUCUCCAGCUACUGGCUAUGGAUGGAAAUGCCAUUACCCUGUGGCAGUUUCUGCUCCAGCUUUUGCAGGAACCUCAUAAUGAGAAACUGAUCUGUUGGACCUCAAAUGAUGGAGAGUUCAAACUACUUCAGGCAGAGGAAGUGGCCCGUCUUUGGGGAGUACGUAAGAACAAGCCAAGUAUGAACUACGACAAACUAAGCCGGGCACUUCGCUAUUACUAUGUGAAGGUAAUUUAGUAUGUAUGUUUAUUGCAAAAGGUGUUUUUAGUAUGAAGGGUUAGUGUGUGAAUGCUGGGGUGUAUUGUAUCCCAUGAUGCUUUCUCACGCCAUUCCCAUGUCACUUCCUUUUCCUCUCUUUGGUCUCUUUAGUUUCCGCCUGUUUUAUUUUAUUAUAUAUUUGCAUAGACCCCUAUGUAGUAUUUAGUGGAUUGCGAGGCGACAUGGAGCUGUAUCACAGCUAGUUUGGAUCAGCAAAGCUUCAUCUUAGCUUGUGCCAAAAUAAAGAACCCUAGAGGAACUAAAAGCCUGUAUCAACUUCACUUACACCUGAUGGCCACUGGUAGUGUGUCAUAGGCAGUUUUCUAUGUUCAGGACAGAGCUAGUGGAAAAAGUUAUUAAACGGUUCUUAUGUGGACUUUUAGAUGUCCUUUUUGCUGUUUAGUGUCCUAUAUGUUGAGUGUAUUAAGUUGUAUCUUUUGAUUUUAGAAUAUCAUUAAAAAAGUGAAUGGACAGAAGUUUGUUUACAAGUUUGUAUCAUACCCGGACAUCCUUCACAUGGACCCACUAACUUUGAGUCGGAUAGAAGAUGGUGAAGGCCGUCCUCCUGACUCUGUUAGCACCUGCUCAAUACGCGACAAGGAGAACUGUAGCAAGGAUCGAAUAUCAGGCCUUUCAAAUAAGUCCUCUGGCCGUAACGACUACCUCCAUUCUGGUCUGUAUACAUCCUUCACUCUCAACUCAUUAAACACGGCAGGAGUAAAUCUCUUUAAGUCUAACCCUGUGGAGACUCCCAUUGAAAAGAAGGUUACUCAAGAAGCACCUCUGUCUGUCAUCAGGUUUGUGCAUACACCAGCCAAGAAUACAGAACUUGCACCCAGUGCCCCUCCCAUCCCACUUCAGCCUUCAGAUCCACACGAGAAACCUGCUGAGUCUCCUGCUGAUGCGAUAAUAAACUCUCUCACUCCUCCUGCACCUUCCAUCUCUCCCAUUCCAUUUGGAUCUAUGUCCCCAUCGUUAAAUCCCAACCAGGAGAUAGUGAUUGACACAGAUUUGGAGUCUGUAACUUCACAGUCUAUAGAUUUUUCCAGUGAAGUGUCCAUGGAGGUUCCAGAGGCAGAUCAGGAACCAGAUCCUGAGCCAGAGCCCUAUGUGUUGGACAGAAGUGUAAAGUCAAAAAAGCCCAAAGGACUCGAAUUGGCACCAACUUUGGUAAUCACUAGUAGUGAUGCAAAUCCCUUGGGUAUCCUCAGUCCCUCUCUGGCCACAGCAUCUCUCACACCAGCUUUUUUCUCCCAGGUAACAAAAUGCAUUAUGCGACUUAGCAUUUUAAGGCUCAAAGAAGACCGUGCUGAUGUAAAAUGUCUAUGGUAUUCCACUGAAGAAUGUGUUUUGUUCACUAAACAGUAAAUUGUAUAGCUGUGGCUAUAACAGAGUUUUAGAUUUUUAUAGAUCAGCAAUUUUGGCCCAACUUUUACAAUUAUUAUUCUAUUCACAACAAUUUUCUGUUUAGUGAAUAAACCAUCUAUAAUUUUGCUCAGAUUGUUGUCAAAAAGAGAUAUUUUGAUAUAGUAAGAUCUAAUUGAGCUGAUACAGAGUCCACAGAAGAUAAUUAAUGUACAAGUCAUGUACAAUGCUUACUCUCCUCCUUUAAAGGGACACUAUAGUCACCAGAACAACUACAGCUUAUUGAAUUUGUUUUGGUGAGUAGAAUCAUUAUCUUCAGGCUUUUUGCUGUAAACACUGUCUUUUCAGAGAAAAUGCAGUGUUUACAUCACUGGCCACUCCUCAGAUGGCUGUUAGAGAUCCUUCCUAGGUCAUGGCUGCCUUAAAUGCAUCCAAACAUUCAGUGUCUCCUCCCUCUGCAUGCAGACACCGAACUUUCCUCAUAAAGAUUCAUUGAUUCAAUUCACCUCCAUGAGGAGAUGCUGAUUGGCCAGGGCUUUUUCUGAGGCAAACAGCAUGCAAAUCUACAGCUUCAGGCUUCAAUACAGUAAGAUUUUGCUAUAUUUAUGGAGGCAUGAGGGGCCCAGGGGGGUAGAUGGUGGUUUUAACACUAUAGGAUCAGGAAUACAUGUUUGUGUCCCUGACCCUAUAGUGAUCCUUUAAAGCGUUUUCUUCACUCAAAUCUGAUCACAACAUUAUAUUGAACAUAUUAAAAGAAAAUUUACAUAAAACAUACUUUAUUCUUCAUUAAAACAUUAACUAGAAACUAUAUUUAGUAAAACUAUAUAUAGCAUAGAGAAUAAGUUUUAGAGCUCUUUCUCUGUGCCUUAACCUAAAUGUAUUGCUGAACUAAGGCAAAUGCUUAUUUAUUAAUGCCCUACACUUACUACCUUGCCUAUUGAAUGCAUUGUAAAUGUGAGUUCUUCAGUAUGGGUACAAGACUUGCUCCUACACACUUUGCAUAGUUCUCUGUAGAUUCUGUGUGUGGAUAAUUUUUGCCCUCCCGUGAGAGUUACAUUAAGUACAAAGUUUCUCAGCUAUUCCUGCCUUCAUGGCCUGUCCAGGCUUGUCUGUAGAUAGGAGAGUCCAUGAUACAGCCUGUUCCGAAGCAGAUCACAGUGCUGAGGGAGGUUGUUUUUUUAUUCUGUAUAUUCAUAGUUGUAGAAAGAAUUUAGUAAUGUUUUGAUGGUUAUAUGAUUUCUUAAAUAAAUGUAAUAAUUUAAGUUAUGGCAUGAUGUAAUUUCUUUUUUCUUUAUGAUCAGAUCUUUUCUGGUGUUAUACAAUGCUAUAAAAAAGCAAUGUUCUAAAGCUGUAGUUGUUCUGGUGACUAUAGUGUUCCUUUAAGAAAAACAUUGAUUUCAGUGUAAAAAUUUUUAUAUAUAUUUGUAUUGUAUUUUAACAAAUAGAACAUAUAUAUAUAGUACUCUUCCCGCUUCUUUACAAUCUCUAUUAAAAAUUUUUAUUUGUGUAAAAUAUUUAAUCAUUGGAACCAUUUUAGCGUGCAUAUAGCAGAAUUGUGUCCUUGUCCUUCAACCUCUUUCCCAGAACCAGUACUACGCCCCACCCAUGCCAACAUUCAUCGGUGCAAUUUAUCCUAGCUUACAAUAUAGCCAGUAGCGUAGGGCUACCAUACAAUGUACUCAGGGCACAUCAUUUUCAUUUACCUACUGGCUUUUUGAAAUUUUGUUCUGGCAUGUGUAACAUGGACCUCUAUUGAAUGUGAAGUGAAGAUUGAUAGGGGAGAGAGAUAAGAAAUUCCUCUAUCCUUCUCAUACUGGUAGAUGUGCAGGGACACUUAAAGGAAUACUAUAGUAUCAGGAAUACAAAAUGUAUUCCUGACACUAUGGUGUUUAACUAUUUAGGUUCCCAGCCUUCCUGGCAUUGCUUUGAAAAGGUAUUUUUACUUACCUUUUUUUUCUCACACCAUGCUGGUUCUGCUGUGGAUGGCUCUGUUUCUGAGACCAACAGUCCAGAACCAGUGGUUCUGAUGACUAAAUUUUUCCCUUAAAGAUAAACAUAAAUCACUGCAAAGUAAUUUAUCUCUUAACUUCACUGUAUGUAACUUUAAUAUCUUAUGUUUGAUUACAAUUUGAUGUGUACAUUUUGCAGCUAAAUUGCUUGCAAAUGAAAUAUGUAUUAUAUAUAUAAUAUUUAUUUUACAAGCAUAUUUUGUGUAAGUGGCACCACAAAUCUAAUCAAUUAGAGUCAUGGGCAGCUUUUAAAGGGACACUAUAUUCACCAGAACAACUACAGCUUAAUGUAGUUGUUCUGGUGAAUAUAAUCAUUACCUGCAGGCAUUUCAGAGAAAAGGCAGUGUUUACAUUGCCUCCUAGGGACACCUCUAAGUGGCCACUCCUCAGAUGGCCACUAGAGCUGCUUUCUGGGCUAGUGCUGCACAGUAGGAAGCACUGCCGUUCAGCGUCUCCACGCUCUGCAUGGGGACGCUAAAUUAUCUUCAUAGAGAUGCAUUGAUUCAAUGGAUUGGUUAAAGUUGGAUUCAAUGGAUUGGUUAGUGGGGCCAGCUACGGUGGACCAGCACGGUUCUGGAAAUAAGGUUUUCACCUUAUUAGGGGCAAGCCACCUAAAUGAUAGAUUAAACACUAUAGGUUCAAGAAUACAUGUUUGUGUUCCUUUAAAUAAAAAAUAGUCAACUAACCAAAACAGAGAUCAGCUGGAAAUCAAUGCUUGAAAUGUGCAACCGAAUGUUCAAAAGUAAGUGAACACUCAAAAUUUGCAAAUAUUGACCAAAUUUGAAUGGGGACAAUAAGUUUAUCAUCUGUAAAAUAUAUAUAAUCUUCUAGGCAUAAUUUCUAGUAGUGUGUGACUUGAAAUUUGCAGCCUUUAUGUUUUUUGUAGCCAAGAUUAUGGCAAAAGGGCAAAGUUAGAUUUCAAAGCAAUGAUUUUUUUCUGACAAAAUGUGCUCUAAUAUCAUAUUGAUUUAAACUGCAUGUAUCUCUUAUUUCCCUUAUUUGCAGACUCCCAUAUUGCUAACUCCCAGCCCUCUGCUCUCCACAAUACACUUCUGGAGCACAUUGAGUCCUGUGGCUCCUAUUAGUCCAGCCAGGUUGCAUGGUGCCAACACACUGUUUCAGGUAAGGUGUUAUUUUUUUUUCUUUGCUGUGAAUUACUGGUCAUGUAUGAUUUGCGUUGUUUCACACUUCUUGACUGUUAUGGGGAUUGGCUUCCCUUAAAGGGACACUAUAGGCAACCAGACCACUUCAGCUCAUUGAAGUGGUCUGGGUGCAAUGUCCCUUUUGCACUUAGUGCUGCAGUGUAAUACAUUGCCAUUCCAGAGAAACUGCAAUGUUUACAUUGCAGCUCUAAGUGUGGCUCCACUGGAGCCACUAGAGGGCUUCCUGGAUCCAAACAGACUUCUGCAUGAGGACAUCCAGCAUCAGAUUUAUCCUCUUAGGAAAGCAUUGAUGCUCGUUGCAGGGGGCGGAGCAUCGACACAGCGCCAAGGCGCUUUGAUAAGGUUAGUAAAUAAAAGGUUUUUAACCCUUUACUCACUAGGGGAGAGAUUGUGCUAGGAAUAUAGCUUUGUAUUCCUGGCACUGUAGCAUCCUUUUAUCUAAAAGCCAAUUUUUGUAAGUGGCAAUUAGAUUAGAUUGUAUAGCUAUUUCUUCAUAAUAGUGUUUGCUGGUGUUGUAUUUUAACAAAUAGAACAUGUUCGGUCAUUGAAGGUUGGCACUGUUGCUGAAGGAGUGCACUUUCUAUAACUGACAGAUGCCACGAUAAAAUUGGACUUGGUCCAUCACUAAACAUCACAGGAACAGCUACACUAUGGACUUGCAAAAGCUCACUCUCAAGGUGUAGCGCUUGUAAGUCUCUCUCACAUCUACAUUCACACCAUAGCAAUGGUAUGAAAGACUGAAAAUGUCACUCCCAGCUAUCUGAUUGACAUGUUUUGUAGGCUUGCUACGAGUUUCAAUUAAGGUCCUCGAUUUGGCAAAUUGUAACAUAAUUGGACAAGGGUUGUCUCCUAGCACUAUGACAACUACAAUUAGUUGAAUUGUUAUGGUUCUUGGAGUGUCUCUUAAAAGAAUAGUGGUUAUGGUAGCAGGAGUAUCUUGCUUGUUGCCUGUCACCACCUCCCCUGGUUUUGAAAGCUCCGUGUUAUGGUAGGCUGUGCAGAGCCACACUCAUUAGCUGAGAGGGCCAUUUCUCUGCCAAUGGCAGAAGAUUAAGCCAAAUGGCAAAUGAUUUAGGUAAACUAGAAAAAUGGUCAGAGUUGUGGCAAAUGACAUUUAAUGUGGAUAAGUGCAAGAUACUGCAUCUUGGACAUAAAAACCCAAGGGCAGAGUACAGAAUAUUUGAUAGUCCUAACCUCAACAUCUGAGGAAAGAGAUUUAGGGGUGAUUAUUUCUGAUGAAGAUAGAGCAGCAGGAAAUGCUAGGAGAAUGCUUGGUUGCAUAAGUAGAGGUAUUGGCAGUAGAAAAAGGGAAAUGCUCAUGCUAUUGUACAGAACACUGGCACUGCAGGUCCCCUCCCACCUCCCAUCCCCGGUUGCUGAAGGGGUGAAAACCCCUUCAGUCACUUACCAAAGGCAGCGACGAUGUCCCUCGUUGCUGCUUCUUGGUCCACCGCCGCUCCUCCCCUUCAUCACGUCAGCUGGCGGGGGAGACUGAUCACGCCCGCCGGCUGUUGAGACCUAAUGCGCAUGCGUGGCAAUGCCGCGCACGCACAUUAGACCUCUCCAUAGGAAAGCAUUGAAAAUGCUUUUCACUGCUUUCCUAUGGGGAUUUUAGCGACGCUGGAGGUCCUCACACAGCGUGAGGAUGUCCAGCGAUGCUAUAGGACAGAAAACCUGUGCUAUGGACCAGGAAGUGCCCUCUAGUGGCUGUCUAGUAGACAGCCACUAGAGGAGGAGUUAACCCUGCAAGGUAAUUAUUGCAGUUUAUGAAAAUUGCAAUAAUUACACCUGCAGGGUUAAGGGUAGUGGGAUUUGGCACCCAGACCACUCCAAUGGGCAGAAGUGGUCUGGGUGCCUGGAGUGUCCCUUUAAGGUUCAGGAGCUGUUUGGCCCCAUUUCGCCUGAAAUCAACCUGGGUUCAGUUUGGACAAUGUUAUGAAUAUAUUCAUAUAGACAUACUUCAUUAAAUAUAAAUUAGCAGAAAGAACAAAAUCUAAUGCAUAAACCAGGAGUAGAUACAUCUCCCCCAAAAAAACAAAAAACAUGCUUUUUGGGGGUUAAAUCUACUAAACAGUGAGUUUGAGAGGGAUCAAUAUAAUGCCAAAACAGUCAGUUUGCUAUACAUUCUUUAGUUUUCUUUAAAAUCAUAAGACAAAAUAGGGACUCUUUGCCUUAUGGAGGCUUCCUCCUCUUGGUCAGAGCAAUUUUCCCAUAAUUCUUACCUUUCCUCUGUGAUCUUGCGAUACUUCCUGUCAUUUUACACGAAACUGCCGAAUUGCAUUCUAACUGAAUGAGAACAGUAUGUUCGUUUGUUUUAGAACUCAAUUCGGCACUUUGUUUGUAUCGGAAUUUCAUUCGAAUGAAUGAAACUCCGAUUCAGUUUGUGCCGCGGCUGCAUCUUGCAGCCACUUAGUAGAUAACUUCCUAAUUCCCACGGUAUUAGGGAGCUAUCUACCAAAAGACUGAAAGACCUAAAUUGGUCUUUCAGCCAAAUGUACUAUUACUAAGUAAAGAUUACUUAGUAUUAGUAAAUGAUCUGCCCCUACUCGCUAUACCGCUAGUAGGGGCAUGUGUAGUAAACAGUGAGCAGCCAGUGCUCACUGUGUAAAAACAAAAAAAAAAAACCUAUUGCCCCCAUACUGUCUUCCCCCCACCGGCCCCCACCCCUGCGCUGUGGGUGGGGACCAUAAAUUACAAUGGGUGGGGGGACCUACUGUCUUCCCCCAGACCCCACCCCUGCGCGGUGGGUGGGGGCCAUAAAUUACAACGGCGGGGGGACUUACUGUUACCCCCUACCUUCCUCCCUCACCCUAAAAAAUAGUGAGGGGGGAAUAAAAUAACUAACCUGUAAAUAAAAAUUCAACUUAGCAUUUGACAUCUCCUUUUGUCUAAAAUCUUCAUUUUUCCGCCCCCAAAAAGGCCAAAUAAAAAACCAUCAUACCCGUCAAACUUAAAAUAAAAUUAAAAAACCUGAGCGCCAAAAAAAAAAAAAAUCCAUCUUCACCCAUGGAGGGCUCCGUGCAGACUGAGCUCUGCAGGGCGGGGAAGGCUUAUAAAGCCUUGCCCCGCCCCGCAAUUAGGCUGAGAACACCCCUGCGCGGUGGGUGGGGGCCAUAAAGAUGCUCUUUUAGAAACUCCUUCUUGCUGGCUUCAGAGAAAGCUGGAGAGUCCUAGAUGUACAUCGGCUGUUUAGUGUUUGCCGCGUGCGUUCCAGUGCCGUAUCUCUGAAGUGACCCCUAGUGUCACGAAACGCAUAAGGUUGCAUCUGUCUUCACCACUCAGAGUAGCACAGCACAGUGGAACACACAUCAAGCCGCAGUGGAAUGCAUGCAGCAAACACUAAACAGCCAAUGUGCAUCUAGGACUCUCCAGCUUUCUCUGAAGCCGGCAAGAAGGAGGAAGUUUCCAAAGGAGCAUCAAGGCUGUUGGGAGUUGGAUUCCUUUUGUGAGCCACAUUCUUUGUGAGUGAAUUUUAUUACUUUUUUUCUUAAUAAAUAUUUUACAGAGAGCUCUAUGUCUCUGCAUUUUAUAUUCUAGAUCCAUUCUAUUGGGUUGUUGUCUAUAUGAAGAAUCCAUUCUGUGCCUGAUACUAGAUAAUUGGAAUAAUUAUUUGUAGCAAUUCUGCCUGCUUUUUGUAUCAACUUCUAGCUAGACUUUAGAAGCUAUCAUAUGGAUAUCAAACUCUGACUGUUUGUGGCAUUGUAUUGACCCCUCCCAAACCCACUGUUUAGUAGAUUUACCCCUCAAACGGCAUGUUUUUAUUUAUUUUAUUUUUAUGUAUCUACUCCCGGUAUAUAUGUUAGAUUUUGUUCUUUCUGCUCAUUUAUAUUGCAAGCUCAGGGCUGUGACUUACAUUUAAGAGCAAACCAGUAACUAACAUAUCACUGAUAUCACUACACUUUGGUCCAUUAACUGUAGGGACUACAAUGUCCUUUAAAAAGAAAACAAAAAAAAACCUUCCUCCCCCCAUAUAGCUGUGGGCUAUCAUAUGUAUUUCAAACUCUGACUGUUUUGGCAUUAUAUUGAUCCCUCUCAAACUCACUGUUUAGUAGAUUUCCCCCCAAGCUGCAUGGUUUUUUUUUUUUUGUAUGUAUCUACUCCUGGUUUAUGCAUUAGAUUUGGUUCUUUAUGCUAAUUUAUAUUUCCAUUUCGAGCUCGGGGUGUGGGCUUUAUUUUAACCAGUUAUUUAGGACAUACAUAUAUCUAGUAGACCAUUUUUAUUUCCUUCUAUGUUUUAACUGAGAGGGACUAUUUGUUUUUCGAUAUACUCCCUCUUUGGUUAUGCAUUUUCUUUUGAUACUUCAUUAAAUAUGUGCAAUUUCUGACUUCUGAUGUUUUUGUUCCUAUUUUUAGUUUCCUUCGGUGUAUAAUGGCCACAUGCCCCUCGCUUUGUCAAGUUUUGAAAGCCCGUCUACACCAGGACCCUUUUCCCCUGAUUUGCAAAAGUCCUAGCAGAUGGUGUGAACUCAAGGAUGAAGAAGGGAAAAUACAGGAAGACAUAUUUUUUUCUUCUUUUUUUGUCCCAUUCUCUUUAAGCAUGUGAAUCCCAUGCCUAAAGCCGAGGUUUGUUGUUUAUCUAACCUAACACCCAUUUGCUUCCAUCCAUGGUUGUUAUACAAAGAACCAUGUUAUACCUUAUACCACAAUAUUUAGAGGUUUUGGAUGGACUGGGACUUGGGGAGUUUUAGAAGAGAUGCAUGACUGCCAUAUUUCUGCAAAAUAUCAGUCUCAUCUUUUCAGAAAAUUGAUACUCAAUUUUUUUCCAGAAAAUUUGAUGUCUUGAUUUUAUUCUCAUUUACAUGAUUUUCUCCUGCCUCCGCAGAACUGAGAAUAAUAUAUGUCACUGUUCUAAACAGUACAUAUAGAAAAAAUAAAAUGUGGGUUAAUUCAUUUUAUCCCUAAAGAAGUUAUUUUUAUUUUAUUAUAACAUUUUGUGCAUUGGGAGACUCACAAGCCAUUUCCAAAUAUAGCAAAAACUGUAAAGUUUUUUUAAAACUCAGGUUUCUGGUGUCAGACCUACAGCACUUAUCCUCUAAACAUCAAAUCCUCUGGCAAAUAAGUUACUUUUCAGACCUCUAAGGGGAAGUCGACGGAGAGAUGAUGAAACUAAAAGGUGAUGAGGGAGUCUGUCAAGGAGUCCAGACAUUGAAAUAGACAUUGUGGGAACACAGUGAUAAAGCAGCAAGUUUAUGCUGUAAAUUUAUUUUGUUGAUUAUAAUAUAUAUAAGUAUAUUUUUACAUUUUAUAAAUGCUCAACUUUCUCAAAUGCUGGAAAUCAACAUAAUGCUAAAUAAUUAAAAAGCGUUUGCAGUUUUGCUACCCAAAGCUAUUCAAGACACAUUCAGAUUACUAUUAAAUAGAAUGUCACUUGAAUUAUCUUCUGCAUUAGGCCAUUAUGCCAUGUCCACAGCAAUCUCCCAGGAUGGGUCAUAGAUUGGCUGAUGUUGCCUCAGUACAUCAUUAAUGCAUAAUAAAUAUGGCUGGCUUGCGUGCAAUUUUGUGAAAAAGGAAAACCAGGAUGUCCAGAGACCAUUUUACUGCUCAGAUUUGUAAUAUGUUCCUAUGCAAGUGAAAUUUUGUACUUCAGAAAAUAGGUUUAUAUUGAAUAUGUAUCUCGCUUUUGCACCUGCUUAUUGAUCGCUCAGGCACUUUUAUAUGGGGGGAGGGAGGUUUUUUUGUUUUCUUUUUAAAGGACAUUGUAGUCCCUACAGUUAAUGGACCAAAGUGUAGUAAUAUCAGUGAUAUGUUAGUUACUGGUUUGCUCUUCAAUGCAAGUCAUUUUUAUUUUUUAGUCCGACUGCAAACUUGGUAACUCUAUACUUUGGCAAAAAUGUAAUUCUUUGUUAUUGUCUCUUAUUCUGAUUCCAUUCUGAGUUUACAUGAUAUGGUUUUUAACAAUUCAACAUAUCUCAGUCAAUCAGUUCUGAACUCCUCAUUAGAUCUCCAAGCUGUUUUCAUUGGGUCCCUUUUGGUAGAGCGGAAACGUGAACAUUUAUCUGAUCCAUUUUAUAUUCUCCUGUUCCCAGACCAGUACCCACAGAAAUUGUUCAUUGUAGCACCUCUACCUUCACUAAUGUAAUGAAGACCCCCCCUCUGCCACAUGUAUCAGUUUAACAAAGUUUUUUUUUCUGGUAUCAUUUAGCCUAUGUAACCGUAAUUAAGGAAUUAUUCACUCAUCAAAACUUUUAGCCGAAGAAUGGAAACCUCUAAAUAAGAUCUUUAUCAAUUUCUUAACUUGGAGGGACAUUUUGAAUCUCUUUCAUGUAUACGAAUACAUAUUGAUUUUUAUUUUUCUGUUUUGGUUUAAUUGCCCAUCAAGACUGUUCAUUUGUGUAACUUGGUCAAUGAAAAACGUUAUUUUUAAAAGUAAUCAAUGCACAAAAUGCAUUGGGCAUAAACAAAUAUGAUUAUCCACUAAAAGGGUGGGGGGUCUUGUUAUAUACAUUUUCAGUGUAAACCAUAAAUCUGCCUUUUCUAUUCAGUGACCGUGCAAAUAUUCUUCAAUCCACGGGUUUAUGAGUGCAGCUUAACAAAUUAUGAGUAUACCAUAUAGAUUUGUACCAUAGACUGUGAAUUCUGCUCUGAGUAAACCAAGUUCCAAAACUUUGGCCAGACUUGUCUGAGAUGGGGAGGAGUAUUUUAAUAAUCGUACAUAACACUAUACAUUGACUAAUAUUCUUGAGGAAAAACAAUAGAUGUACAAUGAUAUAUUAUUAUUAGCUAGGUCAUGGGUAGGCAACCUUUGGCACUCUUUUUGUUGUGGAGUAAAUCUCCUAUAAUGCUCCUACAGUCUCAGUGCAGUAAAGCAGCAGGGUAGAUGUAGUCCACAGCACCUGGAGUGCCAAAGGUUGCUAGGUUAUUAUAUUGGUAUUUAAAACUAACCUAAAAAUGUCACCUUGAACAUGGAAACGCGUGGAAAUAUGUGUGAUUUUUAUUUUUUUAAAGUUUAUCUUGGCUGUGUGCUUCACCCUAAUUGGCACUUCAAAAGCAUUUAUUAGGGUGAGGGAAUGAGGGAUUCGGCUCUAAAACCAGUAUAUAUAGUUUGCCGUGUUGAGCAUGAUGUCUGAUCCAGCAAGAUGUAAUGGAAACUAUAUAUUUCCAUGUGAGAAGCCACAGCAUAGGACAGGACAUAGGCGUGCGCAGCCUAUUGCAUUAGGGUGUGCACCAUAAAGCACAAACACACGCCGCGCGUGUGUGUGUGUGUGUGUAUAUAUAUAUAUAUAUAUAUAUACACACACACACAUACAUACACUGCUGUGUGUGUGUGUUGUGUGAGGGUGGUUUGAGGGUGUUGUAUGUGAGGGUGCUGUGUGUGAGGGUGUUUGUGUGUGUGAGGGUGCUGUGUGUGUGUGUGGGUGCUGUAUGUAUGUGUGGGUGCAUGUACUGUGUGUGUAUGGUAUAUGUGUGUGUGUGGUGUAUGUGUGUGAGGGUGCUGUAUGUGUGUGCUGUAUGUGUGACGGUGCUGUAUGUGUGUGCUGUGUAUGUGUGGGUGCACAUUACUUAAUAUCCCCCUUCCCUUCUUACCUUAUGUAGGGAGGGGGGAUUCUUGUUCCUGCUGCUUUCCCUGGUGGUCCAGUGGAGAGUAAACUCUAGCCAGGAUUAGGGUGUGCGCAGGCACACCCGGCACACCCCGUGCGCACGCCUAUGGGACAGGACAUUUAUUUUGCAUUUAGCAAAGCAAUGAUCAUAGCACAGGUCCAAACAGAGUAGAGAUACCUAAUAAUUCAGCUUGCACUUAAUUCACUUUUGCAUGGCUGGCUUGUUUAAUUUAGUAAGGUGUGUUAUAAUUCCUUAAUGGUGUGUUAAAAAGACCUGGUGAUUAUAUUGGUUAAUUUGUAAAUGCAUUUACAUGUUAAUAUGCAAAGGUUAGGGAAGUACAAAAACAAAGGUUUUUCUUCAUAUGUUUUUGUCCCAGUUCAGUUCACACAUUAUAUAUAUAUAUAAUUAUAUGGAUUUAUUGCAAUGUGCAUUCACCUGUGUGAUAUAUUUCUGGUUUACAUUACUGCAAGAUUAUUCAUUGUGUGUAAGCAGAUAUUUAGUCAUUGAAACUACAUAUAUUUACUGACACACUGCAAAAUUGUACAGUUAAAAUAUUUGCUUUAUCAAACAACUUACUAUCAUAAUACACCACACACCGGUACCAAUCUUCUUUUUUUUUUUUUUUCGGUAAAACCACGUUUAUUGUUCUAUUCAGAGUUAGCCGUCUUAGAUGCACCUUAAUGAAAACAUGUUUACUAAGUCUAUUGUUCUGAGUCAUUAUCAUUACUCAGUAAAGUUUAUAUACAAUCAGAGAUUAACAUACAUAUCUGUGCUGACAUAUUGACAUGUAUGCCAUACAACAGCUAUAGUAAUGGAUAAUAAACCACGAAAGGGAUCUAAAUGUACUGGAUGUAUUACUCUACAGAUAGUUACAAAUCUGUAUUGAUGCACAAGGGAAAUUGCAUUUUAAUGUUUGUGUGGGAAUUUAAGCAAUUCCUUGUUUCUUUUUCUAUAAAUAUUUUUCUGAUAUAUAUAUAUAUAUAUAUUAGGGAAGGACAUACGUACCUUAAAACAAAAAGGUCACUAGCAGAGCAGUUUUAUAUAUGUAGUAACUUACAUAUUGUGUGUAUGUAUCACUCACACAUGUUUACCAGUUUUUAGAAUCUUUAUCCAGGAAUAUAUUACUAUAAAGUGUGCAUAUUGACAUAGCUUCAAACACCAGCCUGUACUUGCACAUGCACUGUCUAUACCUUAUGAUUGCUAUGUCUUCCUACAGUCUUAAAAGGACACUCCUGAUCCUUAAAGCACUGAAAUGCUUUGUGUGUGAAAAGUGUGUCGUCCUCUUUUCUUUUUUUUUUUUUUUUUUCAUUUUACAAAAAGUUCAAAUUUCAAUAAACACUGGCAAUUUAAUAAAUUAACAUUGGUACACCCCCUAGCUUUGGACAACCAGUCUUAUUAAUUCCUGGUUUGGUUAGCUCGGUGAAGCCGAACUCAAGAGACAGACAAUUGCUCAGAGCACCUGCCUUGAAAGGCUUCUCAUUGAGCUGCAUUUGGGAAGUCUGUGAUUGGACGGCCACAGAAAGUCUGGGGAGGGCUUGCAUAGGCGUGUGUGUGUGUAUGUAUGUGUAUGUGUGUAUAUAUAUAUAUAUAUAUAUAUACCCCCCCCCCAUUAAAUAAGGAUAAUUACAUGGAUGUAUGUUUUCAUAUCUACUAAACUUUUUAAAUUUUAUUUGGGCAGUGGAGUGUCCCUUUAAUACUUACUCCUAGAUAUGCAUACGAUAUUGACUGUUUAAACUUGCCAAAGACAUGCAUUGUUUAUCAAAGUUAUCCUGUAGCAUUAGUGUUAAAGUGUGCCUGCCACUAACAGAAAAGAUUAAAAGAACGUUAAAUGUUAUUGUAUAUUUUUCACUGGAUAAAUCACAGAUUUUAUAUAAUUUCCAGGGACCUAUAAGGUUUUUGUGGGAAAUGUUGUCUUGUGUCUGCUCUACACUCUAUGUGCACCCAAACCAGGUUUGCAUGUAAUGUCAGCCCCCCAGGGAUUACAUGUCAAAUUCACCACCAUGAGCAUUGCCUUGGGAAUGCAAACUCAUUCCUAAUGUCUAAUGCAUAAUGUGUUUAUCUGACAGUUUGUUUAUUGAACACGUCACAUCAGGAACUUGGAUGAGAAGUGCUGUGGCAGGCUUCUCCUUCAACAUACAGAAAAUAUAUAUAUAUUUUUUAAAGUGGAAAAAAAAGUUUGUAUUUUAAUACAAUUGUCCGUUUUUAGUGUAUGCUGAAAUAUUUCAACUCAAAGACUUAAUUGAGUUUUUUUUUAAUUGAACCAAUGACCCUUUAGUUCACCCAACCUAAAUAAUGUUUUUUUACCAUCCUCCAUUUAAACGCCGGUGACACCUCAGUGGCUACUUUAAGAUAAAUGUUAAAUUUUUUACCUUUCUAAAGUUUUGAUAACAGUGAUGUAAAGUGUAAAAUUUUAAUAUAGAAUUUAGAAUGAAAAUGCAAUUUAUCAUGGUUAAAUGUUAAUAGCAAAAAAUAAUUUUUUUAUGUUUUCUAGAAGUGUUUCUUCUAGAAACAUACCUCUUUCAAGUUCAGAUUUAACAUUCAGGUAUAUGAAUUAAGAAUAUGGCACGUGUCUGUUUGUUUUAUUUGACCCACUGAACUUGCCAUUUGUAUAAUUAUAUGGCUGAGUGUUUUCUCCUCAAAUCAGCACUCAUUAAAGGGACACUUUAGUCGCCAAAAAACUUUAGCUCAUUGCAGCAGUUUUGGUGUACGGAUCAUGCCGCUGCAGUCUCACUGCUCAUUUUUCUGUCGUUUAGGAGUUAAAUCAUUUUGUUUACACAGCUGUAGUCACACCUCCCUGCAUGUGAUGUACACAGCCUUUCUAUACUCUUCCUGUAAAUUGUCAUCUAAUGUUUCUACUUCUUUUAUUACAAAUUCUGUUUAAUUUUGCACUUUUUCUCUCUUGCUCUGUUAAAAGCUUGUUAGACCUUACUGGAGCCUCCUCUGUGUGAUUUAAAGUGAUUGAAAAUGAAAACAGAAACUAAGGUGAUUUAACUCCUAAAUGGAAGAAAAUUGAGCAAUGAGACUUCAGAUUCAUGAUCUAUACAGAAAAACUACUUUAUUAAGCUAAAGUAGUUUGGGUGACUAUAGUGUCCCUUUAAUUGCAUGUCCCAAAAUGACACACUCAUACCACAGGUUUAUGUUGGAUAAGCCAAUGAUGGGUAAUAUAGUAACCUAAAGGCUAGCUUGAGCAUCAUUUGAAAUCUAGUGUGCUAAUAUAUUAUGUCCCAAAAUUAUCGGUCACUAGAAUUGAUUGACAUCCACCAGCAUGCACCAUGUUAAAGUUGAGGUCCAAUGGGUAUUCUGGGACUUCUAUGUAAAUAACCUAUAUUGGUAUCCAUCAAAUAACAAAUUUUUAUACUAAAGUUUGAAUUGUGAAUUUUACAUUUUAGGUUAUAUUGUGGGUAGGGGGAGGGGGUUACAACAUCACAAAUACUUAAUUGUAGUACAGAAUUGAUCUGUAAAUGGAAAUGGGCUCAGUACGUCUGAUUGAAAACCAGAAAUUGAAUAGUCUCCUUUGUCUUAACACCCCCUUUUAUUGUUAAACAUUUUGGGGUUUUAAAUUGGCUUCUGCACUAUACAAACCUGAUAUAAGUUAGAAAUCCAAAUGAGCUGGCUUCAUUGAUAGAGGUGUAUACAAGUAGCACUUAACUGUUCUCAGUCUUUUUAAAACGUAAUUUGUAUUCUCCGUUUUUUUUGUAUAGUCCUUUUGCAAAUGGGUGUGAAAUUUGAAUUGUUUAAUUCUGACAUUUUUGUAUAUGUAUGCGUAUAUAUUGUAUAUGUAUGAAAGAGCGAUUUUGUGUGACGGCUUACAGUAUGUAUUAAAAUUCAUACAAGCUUUAAAAAUGUAAAUAUAUUACAAAGAGGUUUUGUAUGGGGAAAUGCUAUAUAUUCUUCUAAACGGAAAAAAAAUCUGCUUGCUGGUAAUUUUGCAGUCUGAAAUAUAAAAAUGUGUUUCUUCUGUUUUUCUUUUUGUUUUUUUUUUUAAAUAAAUCUUUUUCUUCUGGAUAUUUGACAGUUCUUUUAUUCUUAUUGGGGAGCAUCUUAUGAUUGUCCAGUGGAGUUACAUGCGAUCUUGUAAAAAAAUUAUUUUCCAG